GUGUACAACCUGGUCAGAGAGACAAACAAGACUUUGUUUAUGAAAGACGUACAUGAUGACAGAGGGAAAAAUGGACAACCUGAUGACUCAUACGAGACGAACAAUGUGAUUUUUUAUAAUCCUUUUAUUAGUCUCUGUCAGCAGCUGUUUACACUGAACACUGUUUGCUUUUGAGUCCAGUUGUUCUGUGGUCCGACCUGGGAAUCCAAAGGAAUGGACAGCAGUGACCCGCAGGACGAUGAAAGAGGAGGCAGAGGAAAAGACAGUGAUGGAGAUGAGGAAAAACAGUUGAAGAACGAGCUCAAUUGUGAAGAGAAAGGGGAGAAAGAAAUCAAAGGGAAUGACAAGGAGAAAAAGAAAUCUGGAUCUCGAUCUGGGUCUCUGUGGAGGAGUGGAUGGGCGUUGAGUGAAAGACUGGCCAUCAACGUCUCAGGGAUGCGUUACGAAACUCAGCUUCGCACCUUAGCCCAAUUCCCCGACACCUUGCUGGGUGACCCCAGGCGCAGGUCACGCUACUUUGACCCACUUCGAAAUGAGCUCUUCCUGGACCGAAACCGCGCCUGCUUUGACGCCAUUCUGUAUUUUUACCAGUCGGGCGGGAGGCUCCGGAGGCCCACAAACAUACCUCUGGACAUCUUCAUGGAUGAGCUGCUGUUCUACGAGCUCGGAGAGGACAUCAUGAACCGCUUCAAGGAGGAUGAAGGUUUUCCAAAAGAGGAGGAGGCGCCACUGCCAAGCAACGAAAUCCAGAAAGCACUGUGGAUGCUGUUUGAGCAUCCCGAGUCCUCAUCAGGUGCACGAAUCAUCGCAAUCAUCAGUGUCAUGGUCAUCGUGGUGUCCAUCCUCAUCUUCUGCCUGGAGACGCUGCCCGACUUCAGGAACGAGAAGGAGUCACGGGAGGAAUAUUUCUACAAGUACCACGGCCUGGCGAAGAACAUAUCUGCGAACAUGCCUCCUCCACACAGUGUUUUUCAUGACCCCUUCUUCCUGGUGGAGACCAUCUGUAUAUGCUGGUUCUCCUUCGAGCUCCUCAUGCGCUUCGCUUGCUCCCCCAGCAAGAUGCACUUCUUCAAGGACGUCAUGAACAUCAUCGACUUCAGUGCCAUCCUGCCCUACUUCGUCACUCUGGGAACGGAGCUGGCCAAGGACAAUGACGCCUCCCCAGCCACCUCCUUGGCCAUCAUCAGAGUGAUCAGGUUAGUGCGGGUGUUCAGGAUCUUCAAGUUGUCUCGUCACUCCAAGGGUCUCCAGAUCCUCGGUCAGACACUGAAAGCCAGCAUGCGCGAGCUCGGCCUGCUCAUCUUCUUCCUGUUUAUCGGCGUCAUCCUUUUCUCUAGCGCCAUCUACUUCGCCGAGGCCGACCACACCAACACAGACUUUAUCAGCAUACCACAUGCCUUCUGGUGGGCAGUUGUCACUAUGACCACAGUGGGUUAUGGCGACAUGUACCCAGAGACAGUGUGGGGUAAACUGGUGGGCUCCAUGUGCGCCAUUGCAGGCGUGCUCACCAUCUCGCUGCCAGUACCCGUCAUAGUGUCCAACUUUAGCUACUUCUACCAUCGGGAGACUGAAUGUGAGGAUCACACCGAGUACACUCACGUCCAGACGAGCCUGUGGGAGGAAGAAGGGCCAGAAGGGGGGGAAACAGAGGAAGAGGAUAGAGAUCAAGAGGGAGAAUAUUAUGCCAUUGAAGGCACCUGCAACCCUUUGAAUGGGACUCUGCUGGGUGGACUGUGUGCAGGGCAGAGCCCCGAGUUCAGAGGAGGAAACAUGUAUCUGAGGGAACCACUGGUUACUCAAGUGUAG